CAUCUGGCGACGUAGCAGUUGUUAAAGGUUCCAAAGCCUGAGGUCCAUUGAAGACCAGGUGCAGUGGUGACCGCCCUUCUCUUCGACAAACCAUGCGCUUACAAUCGUUCCUGUCGCAGGCUUGCCUGUUUCUUUCCGCCCUUCAAACCGGCGUCGCGGCCGCUGCCUGGAGCUUUACGGAUGGCUCCGUCAGCGUUACGGCCAAAGGCGCAGGUGUCGGCGGCGGCUUCAAAGAGACACUUACUCCGUCCAAACCAUUGACCGUCCCAGUAAAGUUGGGCGCAGCCGACACGCUCAAAGUGAUUUUGACCACCCAGGAGGGCAAGUCGGCGAAACGACCACACCAAGCAUUCCUUCUUCUACAAGAUUCCAACAAGAAGCUCGACGUCUCGUAUCCAUUCAGCGUCAAAGAGUCCGGGAAAGCAAAGCUCGAAUUGACACAUAAAGACCUACCACUCCAGUUCCUACGGUCGACAUCUCCGCUGAGCGCGAGUAUCGUGAUUGCCUCGUUUGGCGCGUCGGAGGGCUACAACAGCGAGGCCUUUGCCUUGACAAUCGAGCUGGACCCGAACGCCCCUAUCCAAGCCUCGGAAACACCACUCCGUUACGGCAAACUGCCCGAGAUACACCACAUCUUUCGACCGGACCCAAAGAGCCCGAACAUUGUCAUUACUUUAGUAUUUCUGGGGACAGUUCUCGCAACUUUGCCUGCCUUGCUUGGGACCUGGAUUUACCUCGGCGGAAAUAUCAACCAUCUGGGAAGAGCGCUCUCCCACCUACCCAUCUCUCAUUCUCUGUUCCUCGGCUCCAUUGUGGGCAUAGAAGGCGUCUUUCUACUCUACUAUACAGUCUGGAACCUAUUCAAGACCCUACCGGUGCUUCUGGCAUUGGGCGUUGUGGCGUUUCUGUCCGGAGGCAGGGCACUUACCGAAGUCCAAGAACGUCGUUUAGCCGGCCUGCGGUGAAAGGAGACCAGACAUUCAAAAGUUGAGAAUUACAUUUCGUACAAAAUAGAACCAUAGAGGAAAUCCAUAACAUGAGAAAAAUCAUCAAAUGCCAUCUAUGUCUUUCUGGCAAACACUACUACU